AUGUCGGAGGCGCGGAAGGGGCCGGACGAGACCGAUGAGAGCCAGUAUGACUCGGGCAUCGAGUCUCUGCGCUCCCUGCGCUCCCUGCCCGAGUCCACCCCGCGCCCAGUCUCGGGGCCCUCAGACGGCGGGGGCCCCCAGCCCUGGAUUCAUCCUCCGGGAACCGCCAAGGAGCCAGAGGAGAAGGAAGACACGGACGGGGAGCGGGCUGACUCCACCUACGGCUCCUCAUCGCUCACCGAGCCCCUGUCCUUAUCGGGGGACCCCAGGACCGAGGACGCAGUUCCAGACUCACCGCUCCCCGCUGCCGGGGCGCUGAGCCCUCAGCAGCUGGAAGCACUCACGUACAUUUCCGAGGACGGAGACACGCUGAUCCACCUGGCGGUGAUUCACGAGGCCCCCACUGUGCUGCUGUAUUGCCUGGCUCUACUGCCCCAGGAAGUCUUGGACAUUCAGAACAACCUUUACCAGACAGCACUCCAUCUGGCUGUACAUCUGGACCAGCCAGGUGCAGUUCGGGCCCUGGUGAUGAAGGGGGCCAGCCGGGUGCUGCAGGACCGACACGGUGACACAGCCCUGCAUGUGGCCUGCCAGCGCCAACACCUGGCCUGUGCCCGCUGCCUACUGGAGGGGCAGCCAGAGCCGGGCAGAGGACCACCUCACUCCUUGGACCUCCAGCUGCAAAACUGGCAAGGUCUGGCCUGUCUCCACAUCGCCACCCUGCAGAGGAACCGGCCACUCAUGGAACUGCUGCUUCAGAACGGAGCUGACAUUGACGUGCAGGAGGGCACGAGUGGGAAGACAGCGCUGCACCUGGCCGUGGAGACCCAGGAGCGGGGUCUGGUGCAAUUCCUCCUCCAGGCAGGCGCCCGGGUGGAUGCCCGCAUGCUCAAUGGCUGCACACCCCUGCACCUGGCGGCAGGCCGGGGCCUCGGCAGCAUCUCGUCCACCCUGUGCGAGGCAGGUGCUGACUCCCUGCUGCGAAACGUGGAGGAUGAGACUCCCCAGGACCUGGCUGAGGAUCCCUUUGCCCUGUUGCCCUUUGAUGACCUGAAGAUCUCCGGGAAGCCACUGCUGUGUGCUGACUGA